AUGAUGACUGCGUCACUUUCCAGCGAUGGAGCAGAAACAUUUUUGUUCGAGCAUCCAACGCUUGGCUCGAUGACUGGCAUAGUCACUCCAGAUACCCCAGAUGUUGUACGAUUUCGAGCUGUGCCUUACGCAAUACUGCCCGGGCGCUUCAAGCAAUCCGUGCUUCGGGAGAGUUUCGACGAGCUUUCUCGAGACUUCACAAAGCAGGGCUAUGCGAGUCCGCAUUCCUUCGGAAUGGAUGAUAUUCACAGUGGCGGUCUAUACCCGGGCCAAGAUACUAUUGAAGCAAGCGAGUCCGACUGCUUGAUACUGGAUGUCAACGUGCCCAAAGUACACUUGAGAGCCACAAUGGGUAAACUUCCAGUAAUGACUUACGUGCAUGGCGGGGCGUUCGUGCUUGGGAAACUAGAUGCGCAGCACAACACGGCACCCAUGGUCCAGCACGCUAUAAAUCUCAAGAAACCGGUCAUUACGACUUCAGUACAAUAUCGACUUGGAGCGCUGGGCUUUAUGGCCACACCAGACGGCGAAAAGAACUUUGGUCUUAAGGAUCAACGUAACGCGUUACUCUGGAUACAAAACUUCAUCGGUGGCUUUGGUGGUGACAAGAGUCGCAUCACGCUAUUUGGAGAAAGUGCGGGAGGCUACUCAAUAUGCUGCCACAUGCUAUCACCUCGAUCAUCAACUGGACCGCUUUUCAAUCGUGUUAUCAUCAUGUCCGGAGUCAUGGGGCCGAUGCUGUGUCCUGUUUCAGAGGACAAGGCUGCGACAGCCUUCGCGAGGGUCUGUGAGAACUUGGGCAUCGAAGAGACCGGUGAGGUUGCGCUCGAGAGGCUUCGAGCGUUCGAUGUCCAAGACAUCGUCUCUGCAAGUGAUGCCUGGUAUGCUAAGGGCAAUUCCUGGUCACCAGUUCAAGACCUAUCUUUUUUCCGCUCGAAGAUUGCCUGGGACAAUGUACAUGAAUUGCUUGGCAGGUGUGAAUGGGUAGACAACAUGAUUGUAGGCAACACGGGAUUCGAAGGACAGGCAUGUAUCGAUAUCGCAAACUCUUUGACACCAACGACUUUCUACGAGCAUCUGAAGCUGGCAUUAAGCGGCAAUGCUGCACGAAAGAUUAUGGAAGCAUACCAUGUGACGCUAGACAUGGACCAGAACCUCUUCCUCACAUCAGCAAUGCGUUGGUUCGGCGACAUAGUGUUCGACGCACCUAUACAUGCAUUCACGAAACACAUUACCAGGGAGACUAAGAAGAAUAUCUAUCGCUACAUUUUCGACGUCGGUAACCCCUUCCCCACCGCGCCCUUCUACCAACAGGCCCACCACUGGGGCGAUGUGUACUUCAUCUUCCGUACCAUGCAAUUCCGAUUCCCCUACAAACAUCUCAAGAGAAUCAGCGACAAGCAUGCAGAACUCUGGAUCAAUUUUGCGAACGGUGAGGCGCCGUGGAACGCAUUCGGAGACUGGCAUGGAGGUGUGAUCAUGGUGGCAGAUGAGAGGGAUGGGUGGGCCCACAGGAUGAUGGGGCAGCAUGAAGACAUGAGUGGAGUAGAGUUUGCGAGGCUCGACAGUUUGUGGGAGGCAUGGGGCGAGAAGAAGGGCGAGAUGUGGUUGCCAUUGGAUAUGGUGGCCCUGAAGGAUGCAGCACCUUAA